AUGGUUGAUUCCGCCGAAAAUAGCAGUCAAGCAAACAUAGAAAACACAAAUGUUAACCAAGAAGUAGUUAAUGAAGGUGUUGGUGUUACCGAAGUUCUAGUAAAUGAAGCUACUGUAGUUGCCGCUGAUGAAUCGGACAAUAAAGAAAUUCCCAGAAUAUAUAUUGGUAAUUUAGACUAUUCAGCCACUGAGGAUGAAUUGUUCAAUUUUUUGAAAGAAUAUGAAGUUGUUUCUGUUAUUGUCCCGAGUCAUACCGUUAGAGGUUUUUUGUCUAGUCAUGUGCGUCCACUAGGUAUUGCCUACGCUGACUUCAAUACUGUCGAAAAGGCAAAAGAAGUGGUUGAAGCUCUAUCUAAUAAGAAGUUUAAAAAUAGAAAAAUUAAAGUUAAAUUAUAUAAACCAUUUAAACCAGAUAAUUUGUUAAAACCAAAGAAAAAAGUAUCUGGUGGGAAACAAAGAAGGUUGACUGUUUUGAGAAGGUACAAGCAGGACGAUAAUGAAGAAAAUAAAAAGAAAGGUUCAGAAGAAGAUGAUGUCUCAAAAAAAAGUUACAAGGUGACACAACCGACUUCAAUUGAUACAGUUUACUGUGGAUAUUUACCAAAAAAUACUACUGACACAGAUUUACGUGAACAUUUUAAGGGUUACAACCCUCAGGAGAUCUGGAUUUUUAGAACUAGAACAACAAAGGGACCAAGACAUUUGCAAAUACACCGUCACUAUACUGCAGCUUUAAUUACUUUGAGCACGACAGAACCAAUUGAUAAAAUUUCCGAAGUGAGCUCUGAGAAAAAGUUAUUAAAUAAAACGAUAACUGUUAAACCAGCAUAUCUCUCUAAAAUUCAAGAAGUUAGAAGAAUUGCAGAACAAAACGGCCUAGUAGAACCUCCUGAAAAUGAUAACCAGCCAGAGCAACAAGAAACCGUUGCUGUGACUGACGAACAACAGGUAGUCCCAGCUGCUCAAGAAAAUACUAACUUGUCGGAGAUUGCUGUCAAUUGA